GUAAUGGCAAGGGUAGUCUCAUUGGGUCCAUAUAUACCAAAAACAGAAGAUGCUUGGGUAUUUGCAAAACCCAGUGCCAUUCAGGCUCUUGGCGUGAUGUCAUUCGCAUUCAUUUGUCACCAUAACUGCUUCUUAGUUUAUGGUUCUUUGGAAGACCCCACAGUUGCUAAGUGGUCCCGCAUCAUCCACAUGUCCACUUUGGCUUCUGUACUCAUCAGUACUCUCUUUGCUACCUGUGGAUACUUGACCUUUACUGGCUUCACCCAAGGAGACUUAUUUGAAAACUAUUGCAGAAAUGAUGAUUUGGUAACAUUCGGAAGGUUCUGUUAUGCAGUCACCGUCAUUUUAACGUACCCUAUUGAAUGCUUUGUGACUAGAGAGGUAAUUACCAAUGUGUUUUUUGGUGGGAAUCUUUCAUUGGUCUUCCACAUUAUUGUUACAGUGGUUAUCAUUACUGUAGCCAUGCUUAUAUCAUUGCUGAUUGAUUGUCUUGGAAAAGUUUUAGAACUCAAUGGUGUGCUCUGUGCCGCUCCACUAAUUUUUAUCAUUCCAUCAGCAUGCUAUCUGAAACUGUCUGAAGAACCGAGGACACACUCAGAUAAGAUUAUGUCCUGUGUCAUGCUUCCUGUCGGUGUUAUGGUGAUGGUUACUGGACUCCUCAUGGCUGUCACAAAUCCUCAAGACUGCACCCAUGGGCAGGAAAUGUUCUACUGCUUUCCUGACAAUCUCUCCCUCACAAACAUCUCAGUUUCUCAUCUUCAACUGACAACACAACUUUCAGUUUUAAACAGCAGUAUCUUUCAAUGAGUUGACUGCUUUCAAAAGUAUAUAUGUUUUCAAAGACUUCUAAACCUCAUCACAUUCACACAUUUUAGUCUGUAUAUUAUAAAAUUAUUAUU